CGUGUGUGUGUGUGUAUUACCUAUAAAAUAAGCAAAACCGACUCGGGCACUAACGGUCAGUCAUUUCAUUCUAAUUUUGGAAACGCGUCAAACGUACUAUUGCGAAAGUGGAAAAAGCGAUUACGCUAUUAGAUAUUUUACAGGACAACAAACAGUUACAAUGAGCGACGAGGAAGUUAUUCAAAUCACUAAUCUUUUGGAGCGUACUAUCUCCACCGACAAAGAUGAGCUUAAUCAAAUACAAAAGUUUUUGGAACAUGCUGCACAAACAAAUCUUCUUGGCUUUAUCAAGACUCUGUCAAAUGUUCUUGUGCAUUCCGUCAACAAUCCAGUUGCUCGGAUUGCUGCCGGUCUCCAGAUUAAAAAUCACCUUACAUCCAAAGAUGAAGGUGUCAAAGCACAAAUGAAACAGCGUUGGCUCACGUUUCCUGAACAGGAUCGUUUGUAUAUCAAAGACAACAUAUUUAAAGCUCUUGGUACAGAAAGUCGGCCAAGUUCAGCAGCACAAUGUGUCGCUAACGUUGCCAUCUUGGAGUUACCAUUAAACUUAUGGCCUGGUCUUAUUAGUUCUCUGGCGGCUAACGUUACUGACCCCAACUCCACUGAUAUGUUAAGAGAGGCUUCGUUAGAAACUAUCGGGUAUAUAUGUGCAGAUACUGAUCAUGAAGUUUUAAAAAAUGAAUCAAAUACAGUAUUGACAGCCAUUGUUCAUGGAAUGACACAAAAUAAUAGUAAUGUUUGUUUAGCCGCUGCCACUGCACUUUAUAACUCUUUAGAGUUUACCAAAGGUAAUUUUGAAAAGAAAAAUGAACGUGAUUAUAUUAUGGAAGUUGUUUGCAAAGCUACACAAUCGGCCGAAACACCUGUCAAAGUCGCAGCCCUUCAAUGUUUAGUUAAAAUUGUUUCUCUUUAUUAUGAACACAUGGAAGCGUAUAUGACGACAUUGUUUCCAAUUACUUUACAAGCCAUUAAAUCAGACUUGGACGAAGUGGCCCUACAAGGUAUUGAAUUUUGGUCUAGUGUUGCUGAAGAAGAAGCUGAUAUUGUAUAUGAGGGACAAUGUCAAGACUCGCCCACUGAGAAGAAGCUUAUGAUGUAUACUGAAGGAGCAUUAGAAUUUAUUAUUCCAGUUCUAAUGGAGAAGCUUACUAAUCAAGAGGAAGGAGAUGAUGAUGAUGACUGGAAUCCAUGCAAAUCAGCAGGUGUUUGUAUUAUGUUGUUGGCAACUUGUUGUCAAAGUCGUGUUGUUCCUUAUGUACUUCCAUUUAUUAAUGCAAAUAUUGGUAAUACAGAUUGGCGUUACAGAGAUGCUUCAGUCUUGACGCUUGGAUCAAUUAUUGGUGGCUUAGAUAAUAGUGCGUUAGUAGAACUAUUAGAACCAAAUAUUCCAAUUCUUGUACAUUUAAUGUAUGAUUCAAGUGUUGCUGUUCAAGAUACAACAGCAUGGACAUUCGGUCGCAUCUUUGAGUUUGUACCUGAACUUAUUGUCAACUCCCCUUGUCUAGGUGAUGUUCUUAGUGUAUUCAUCAAGGGUCUGAAAUCUGAACCACGUGUAGCUACAAACAUAUGUUGGGCUUUUAGUAGUCUAGCACAAACCACCGGACAAGAUAUGAACUUUUUAACACCAUAUUUUAAUUACAUUGUUCAAGGAUUACUUGAAACAACAGAAAGAGGUGAUGGAAUGCGUUCAAAUCUAAGAUCUGCUGCAUAUGAAGCACUUAUGGAUAUGAUUAAGUUUUCACCGAUUGAAUGUUAUGAAACUGUUAAGAGUACAACAUUAAUUAUUCUUAGUAGAUUGAAUCAAAUAUUUAAUUUGCAAACGGUGAAUGAAGAUUGUUUAGACAUGCAAGGACUGUUGUGUGCUACAUUACAAAGUGUUAUACGGAAAAUGAACAGUGAUGAUGUGGACAAAAUAUCUAAUGCCAUCAUGAAUGCACUCUUAGUGAUGUUAAGUACGAGCAAAGACAGUGGUCUUCAAGAGGAUGCCCUUAUGGCUAUUAGUCCUUUGGUUGAAAAUCUUGGGAAAGGUUUCAUUAAAUACAUGGAGUAUUUUAAGACAUACUUGUUUAUUGGUUUACAAAACAAUACCGAAUUCCAAGUGUGUUUAGCUGCUGUUGGUAUUGUAGGCGAUUUAUCACGAGCACUACGUGAAGGUUUUGCUCCCUAUUGCGAUCAAGUUUUUGCACUAUUGUUUGAAACUUUACGAAGUAAUACCGUUAACCGGAAUCUAAAACCACAAAUCCUAUCUACUUUUGGAGACAUUGCUCUUGGUAUCGGGCCAGAAUUCAAAAAAUACUUGGAACAUGUUUUAAAUGCGUUGGUUCAAGUUGCACAAAUUCAACUAGAUCCCAAUGAUGCUGAUAUUAUUGAAUAUGUAAAUGAACUUCGUGAAGGAGUAUUGGCUGCUUACAUUGGUAUUGUGCAAGGGUUGAAAGGCGAAGGUGUCGCACCCAAUCAAGAUGUUUAUUUACUUGAAGCCCAUCUGCCAUUUAUGGUACAAUACAUGAUAUCUAUUUGUUCUGAUCCUAAUGCAAAUCCAGGGAUAUUGAAAAGCUGUUGCGGUCUUGUUGGAGAUUUAUGUUCGGCAUUUGGAGCCAAGGCGUGCCCUGUUUUAGACAAUGGAGAAGUUCAUAAUUUGUUGUACAAAGGACGCCAAUCUACUGAUUUGACCGCUAAGAAUUUAGCACGUUGGUCAGCAAAAGAACUUCAACGAAUCAAGACGCUUGUAAUGUAGUUGUGUUUAAUUUUAAACGUGAGACUUUAGAUUGUUUGUCUUGUCGUAUGACUGUCUUUAUUAGUACCUACGUAAUUUUUUUUUUUAGUAUAAAUGGAACCAAUAUUUGUCUGUGAUAUCGUAUAACUGUAUGAGUAAAUGUGCUACUCUGUAAUAAUUUUAUUCCUAUUAGAAUUUUGAAAGUGAUUUUAAUUUAUAUUAGUUUACUAUCUUUGAGCUCAUUUACUCGGCUCGUAUGACUGACUGAUUAGCAAAUAUUACUUAUUUGUUUAAUAUUUAUCUUGUAUAUAAUGUCGAAAAUGAAAUGGCUUGAACAGCUAUGCUUCCGACUGUCUGUUUUGCUCCGAAUGCAUAUUUAAGAAUGACUGCAAUCUUUAGUUAUUUACUAGGUACCUUGUAACUGUUUUCAUUGUCUGUCUGUCACUAAUUAAUGUUUAAAUUUAAAUUGUUUGAAAAUUGUCGUGUUUGAAAAAAAAAUAGAUUAUAUAUAAUUAUUUAUUAAAAACUAAUAUUUGAAAAAUAAAUUUCCCAUUAGUUUUUUUUUUAAAUUUCAUUAUUAUUUCAAUUGAUCACUAUUUAGAAUAAGUCUUAUUUGUCUUAAAUAUACUGUUUUAGGCUAACUGUAUAGUUAGUUUGCUAUUUUAUUUUUUUACAAAACCAACAGAUAUGCUUUGAAGUUA